AUGGACACUUUCAUCAAGGUGGAGGACUGUGGAGGUGGUGUGGAUGACUUCGGCGGAUCUUCCGUGUCCUCCACGGUUGCUGGACCGUUGGACAUGAAUGAUUUGGGCUUCGAUCCUAUGAGUCUCUUUGAUGAGAAGGCCAAAACGUACUUCGAUCCGGCAGCGCCCAUGGCCGAACCCGUAUCCACAUUCCACCUCAAAAAGGACUACGUCAAUUAUGACGUGACAGACGUGCGGGCAGCCGCCUAUAUGGCCCAGGAACCGCCCUUGCAGUACUCGCCGGGGGAGCCCUACCCUGGUUGCACGAUCGUGUACGAGCAGAAGGGAGUAGAGAGCUCCACCAGUCCCCAGAGAAAGUAUAACAAGGGAUAUUCGCCCACCAAGCCGACAGGUGAGCCCGAUUCAGGAGGAUUCACGGCCGCGGAUUCGAACAGUGGUUCCACCUCCAAGUCGUUCGUGCCCUGCAAGGUGUGCGGAGACAAGGCAUCGGGAUACCACUAUGGAGUUACCUCCUGCGAAGGAUGCAAGGGCUUCUUCCGGCGCAGCAUCCAGAAAAAGAUCGAGUACCGGUGUUUGAGGGACGAGAAGUGCCUCGUCAUCCGACUAAAUCGCAACAGGUGCCAGUUCUGCAGAUUCAAGAAAUGCCUCGACGUUGGCAUGUCUAGGGACUCUGUCCGGUACGGCCGCGUCCCGAAGCGUUCUCGGGAGCGGAUGGAGGAAGGGGGUAGGGCGGCGGUGGUGAGCAGCCUCCAGCCCGACCAGGAGGAGAACAAGGGCAUCUACGAGUUCGCCGAAGCAGUCAUCGCGGCCCACGACGCCAACUCACACUUCACGUUGGAUAAGACCAGGAACAUCGUCAGGAAGUCCAUCACUCUCAUAGUGGAGGGCGAAAGGCCGGACGAGCCGGACAGCCCCGAGCAGGUGCGUGCCGCCCUGUGGCGGACCUGGGCCCGGGGUCUGGACCCGAGCAUCCACAAGGUCGUAGAGUUCGUCAAGCGGCUGCCCGGGUUCGCCGAGCUCGUCCAGGACGACCAACUCCGAAUCAUCAAGCGCGGCUUCUUCGAGGUGUGGCUGCUGCAGGCCGCUCGCAUCGCCACCCCCGACGCCCUGUCCUUCCACGACGGGGCAUGCCUCUCCAGAAGACAUCUAGAGCUCUUAUUCGACUACGAGUUCAUUCUGGCACUUUUCAACUUUGUCUGCUUAUUCAACAGUUUGGAACUGAACGAUACGGAGAUAGCUCUAUUUUCUGCUGUCGUCCUGUUCUCUGCAGAGCAUUCGUUCAUGUACAGCCCCAAAAUCGUCGAACAGAUACGCGAGAUGAGCACCGAGGCCUUAAAGGUGCAAUGCCUGAAGCGGCGCUCGCCGGAUCAGCUGCGCAUGCUGCUGCACAAGCUGCCCGAACUGAGGGGUCUGGGCGCCCGCUACGAACACCACCUGGAGUGGUGCCGCAACCACUGGAGGAGCCUGAACCUUCCACCCCUCUACUCAGAGAUCUUUGACAUCCCUAAGGAAACGGAGAACGUAUCCCAACAGCAGUAG